GAAGCUGACGUGUGCGAUUUCACUUUUGAGUAUAUAAUGAUGCCAAGUGCCAACUUAGCAACUCUCCAUAUCUCUCCAAUCUCCAAUCAAUGGCGACUGCCGGUGGUCGCUAUCUCGCCGGCGCCGGAUUAUCAACGCAACUACCGAAUUUAUUUAGUAGCAGUAAUACUACUCCGUCGCAGCGUCCACCAGCCGUUGUUGCCAUUAACGCAGAGCGUAAGUCAAAUUCAUCGCCGCUAUCAACGACAACGACGACUGUAAAAGUUGAUGGAGCUCAUGCGAAUACUAAUAUCAACGGAAAAGCAGUAAUUGCAAAAAUGGAUGAAGAAGUAAACAAAAGUUGGAGAGAUUACUUUGAACUCGCGAAGAUGUUCAUCAGAUCCGAUGGCGGAGAUCGCCCUGGCCCACCUCGCUGGUUUUCGCUGUUAGAGAGUGGCACUGCCAGUCAAUUUCAAAAUUGUCCUCUUCUUCUCUACUUGCCUGGAUUUGAUGGUCUUGGACUUGGACUUGUUUUACAACACAAGAGGCUCAGCGAGAUUUUUGAAGUAUGGUGUUUGCAUAUACCUGUCAAGGAUCGAACUCCAUUUCAAGAACUGGUACUGCUGGUGGAGGAAACUGUAAGGUCAGAGAAUCACCAUUUCCCUGGGAGACCAAUAUAUCUUGUUGGAGAAUCUCUUGGAGGAUGUCUUGCAUUAGCUGUGGCAGCUCGAAAUCCUGAUAUUGAUCUUGUACUUAUUUUGGCUAAUCCUGCUACAUGUUCCGACAAGUCACAUCUGCAAUCUCUAUUACCUUUAUUGGAAGUUGUCCCCAGUGAGCUUUCUCUUAUCAGUUUACCAUACACACUCAGCCUAGUAACAGGCGGACCUUUUAAUUGGGUCUCAUCUAGUACGGAGAAAGGGCCUGAACAGCAAGCUACACUGCAGCAACUGCUUCAAGGUCUUGGUGAGCUGUCGACCUACUUUUCUGUCUUGGCUGAUAUUCUUCCUAGAGACACACUUCUUUGGAAGCUGCAGAUGAUGAAAUCAGCUGCCUCAUUUGCAAAUUCACGUUUACAUGCUGUCAGAGCUCAGGUUUUGAUUCUUGCCAGUGGAAUGGAUCCCCUAUUACCAAACUUGGAGGAAGCUGAAAGGAUUCGUGGAGCUUUACCAAAACAAGAGAUCCGUGUGUUGAAAGACACUGGUAAAAUGCCCAAGUGUGAGAUUCGCAAAUUCAAGGAUUCUGGUCAUUUCCUCUUCCUGGACGAUACUAUUGAUUUGACAACCAUUAUAAAGAGCACAUGUUUCUACCGCCGUGCUAAAUUCCAUGACUAUGUUUCUGACUAUAUGCCUCCCACUGAAGCUGAAUUUAAAAGAGCAUCCGAGUCAUUCAGAUGGCUGAACGUUGCUACUGGACCAGUGAUGCUCUCUACUUUCGAGAACGGUGAAAUUGUGAGAGGCCUUGCAGGAAUUCCUGUUGAAGGUCCUGUUCUGCUUAUCGGCUAUCACAUGUUAUUGGGUUUGGAGAUUUAUCCUCUAGUGAUAAACUUUUUGUCGGAGAGAAAAGUCCUCUUGAAAGGACUUGCACAUCCUAUGGUUUUUACAAAGCUGCAAGAAGAUGAUCUGGAUAUGUCUAUGUUUGAUUCGUACAGGCUCAUGGGUGCAGUUCCAGUUUCGGCUAGUAACUUCUACAAGUUGCUUUCUUCAGGUUCUCAUGUUCUAUUGUAUCCAGGAGGGAUGCGGGAAGCUCUACAUAAAAAGGGCGAGGAAUAUCAAUUAUUUUGGCCAGAAAGGUCGGAAUUUGUAAGAAUGGCUGCUAGAUUUGGAGCAAAAAUAAUACCCUUCGGGGUUGUUGGAGAAGAUGAUAUUUGUGAGCUUCUUCUAGACUCUGAAGAUCAGAUGAAGAUUCCUUUCCUCAGGGAAACUAUAGAGAAAAGGACUAGUCAGAUUCAAUUAAGGACUGACUCGGAAGGGGAAGUUGCAAACCAAAUUGCAUAUUUCCCAGGACUUCUGCCAAAACUCCCUGGUCGCUUCUAUUUCCUGUUUGGAAAACCGAUUGACACUGCAGGGAUGAAGCAGGAGUUGAGAGACAGGGAGAAAGCUCAUGAAUUAUAUUUGCAAGUUAAAUCAGAGGUUGAACGUUGCAUUUCAUAUUUAAAGGAUAAAAGGGAAAAAGAUCCCUACCGAAGUCUUGCUGCUCGAACAUUGUAUCAAGCCAUUCAUGGUUCAACGGCUGAAAUUCCCACAUUUGAAAUUUAGUUAUUUACUUAUUUCUGUAACAUAAUUCUGUAAACUGGUCUUGUUCUUCCAAAAGGAAAGCUUUGAUUGGAAAAGCAGACGACGAAGGCUUACUGACUCAGUUAUUUUCGUGCUCUGAUGAAGCGAAAUCCAGAUUAGAAAAGCAGACGACGAAGGCUUGGUGACAAUGUUAUUUUCGUACUCUAAUGAAGUGAAAUCCAUGAUUAGAAAAGCAGACGACGAAGGCUUGGUGACAAUGUUAUUCUCGUGCUCUGAUGAAGUGAAAUCCAUGAUUAGAAAAGCAGACACCGAAGGCUUGGUGACAAUGUUAUUUUCGUGCUCUGAUGAAUUUCUGUCGAUCUGUCGGAGAAAUAAAGAACAAUAGAUCCUGUAGGAUUUUGGAGAUGUUCGUUUUUAUUAUCAUUACACUUGUUUUUGGUAUCAAUGAUCAACAAUUGGCGUGAUGUAUCUUUUAUUUUUUCAAUCAAAAAAACAGAUGUACUAAUAUAAGAGUCUUGUAUUCUUAACAAGAUUUUGUAGGUCGAGUGCUAUAAGGGUAAGGGAGAUAAAGAGAUUUCUACAA